AUGUCAGUCCCUACCCCACCCCAGAGUCCAAUUUCCCUCUCGGACCUCCUCCAAUCCAUCCGAUCCUCCUAUUCCGCCCUCACUCCUGCUGCCUCAAACCUCAUUUCCAGCUACUUCUCUGCUCCCUCAGGCCCUGACCUCCAAGAGAGUUCCAAACAAAUUGACGCAGACCGCAUUGCUCUGAACAAUGAGGUUCAACGUCACACAAACCGGACCUCACUGAUUGAUGACUGGCGUACGCACGGGUUGUCAAGUUGGGAAUCCCUCUCACAGGAAGUCCCAGACUUGCCCCAUGCCUCAAAUUUAGGAGAUGGUUGGACAGAAGAACAGAAGACAUUUUGGCAAGCUUGUGUAAGACGAAGAAAAGGUUUGCGUAGUGCUAUGACCCAAUUGACCGAUUUGGAAGGGAGAAUCAUGGGCAUCAGUGGUAUAAAUGAGGGGGCGGUUGGGAGUGCUUUUGGACCUAAUGUGGAGGUGAAUGGAAAGGGGCUGGCAAGUUUUACGUCUUAUGAUCCAUUCUUGCCAGAAGAGGAUGAACAGCUUGAUGAUAAUCAGGGUACUUAUGAUGAGGACACAAUGUCAGUGGAUCAAGAGGAUGAUGAUGAUGACGACACAAUCUUAGUGGAUCAAGAGGAGGAUGAGGAGCACACCAUGUUGGUGAACGAAGCAGAGGAAGAAGAGGAAGAAGAGGAAGAAGAGGAAGAAGAGGAAGAAGAGGAAGAAGAGGAAGAAGAGGAUGAAGAGGAUGAAGAGGAUGGAGAGGAUGAAGAGGAUGAAGAGGAUGAAGAGGAUGAAGAGGAUGAAGAGGAUAAAGAAGAUGAAGCGGAAGAAGAAGAGAGUGAAGUGGACUAG